GUGUGUGUGUGUUGGAUGGUUACCUUCUCAGUCUUGUUUGUUUGACUCAACUCAUUCCUCUCUGCUUCUUCGUGAAAGAAACUCUUGUUCUCUUCCACAUUCAUUUGUGAGAUUCUCAGGUUGGAGUGGAGAUCAGCGCUCACUCUGCAGACAUGAAGUUUCUAAUACUGCUUGCUCUUUUGACUGGGGUUCUGGCGGCCCCGUUUUUGAAAGAAGAGGAAGCAAAUCGCUUCAUCCGUCUGAAAAGACAGUCAGGAUACUGGGACCCCCACAAUUCUCAGAAUCAGUGGGGUUUCACCAUCCAAGAGCAGGCUAACGAGUAUUGGACAGCCCUCCGAACAGAUGCCCAGUUCUACAUGGAUAUCGGCAGCCUGAUGUUUGACCGCUCUGUGGCAGAUGAGAACAACAGGCUGUACAUGGAGAUGUUGCGCAAUGCUCGAGCUCACUUGGACAGCCAGACGGGAGGACGCAAAUAGCGCACAAGAAGAAAAAAUGAUAUGAGGGUUGACAUGAUGAACAAACAUGAUUAUAUAGUCGCUAAUUCCACCCGAAUGUAUCAUGUUUGAGCUAUAAUAUAAAUCUGCUCUGUAGAUAUGUUUAAGAUGUGAAUGAGAGUUUUAAAAAAAUAGGCAAUUUACCGGUUAUCUAUUUUGUUUAUGGUAAUGAGAUACACCAUCCAGUAAUAUCAAAGGAAACAAAUCAUAUGAGCAAGAGAAGAUAUAGUAGAAGAGUAGUAGAAAAGCUGCUUGGAUUUGUUUUGAAACAUGCUGACUUAUCUUAGAAUGUUCUCAUUGCGUAGAAGUGGAAUCGUGUAUAUUUAGUGAAAUGGAUGAAGAAAACGGUUGCAGUUACAAUAAAUAUUAGGGAAAAGAAUAAGAAUA